AGUCAUGCAGAAACGCGCGCGGGCUGUAGAGUCGCAGAAGCUGCGCCGCACCAUGAAGGGCCGAGGAGGCCGGAUGUCAGAUCCGAUCAGAGACAGCAUCGCCACACCAAUUGUAUAUGUCCGCCUUAUGUUGCUGUGGAUCGGCGUAAUAUCACUCGAUAUGUUGUGCGGAUUCCGCUUCGAGCUACUAUACCCAUUUUGGCUCAUUCUUCGCACGGGCUAUGAGGCGGUCCACAAAAACCACAAUGCAGUCGUCACAUUAGCAAAUCACAACACUGCAAAAUUCUCGGUGUUGUUCGUAUGCGUGACGGCAACAUCAGAUUUGAUCUGCUACUUAUUUAUACCAGUGAAAUUUCUGGUAUUUCUUGCCAGUACAUAUGUGUGGGUGCAUGUCAUUUGGCACUCUCAUGGUGGCUUUUUACGGACGCUGUCCGCAAUGAUUCACGAAAAACAAUGUUUCUCUGCACUAGCUUUUUGGAUAUUUAUAGUUGCUUUUGAGGCGGGGAUACGAUUGAAGUGUUUCCAUCUUGAAAUUGUUGGCUCAGACGUGCCGUUUUUGCAUUAUCUUUGUCCGAGCUGUUUACAAACACAAGGAUUAGCACCUGUAAUACCAAGAAGUUUAAAUUCAUUUUUUGGUGCACACUGUAUAGGAUAUCCACUAGUCAUAAUCUCCUUCAGCCUUCGAUACUACUUCAAGGAAUGGAGAAUCCGUCGAAAGCAAGAUGAUGUGUGUCGGCGAAAUGAGGUGCUGGCGCGAAUGUUGACGGAAGCGUUACCGGCCAUUUAUGAGGGUCCUAGAGACUACACGGCGAAAAACGCUAUACUUGAUGACGAGAGUGAUUUGCUUGAAUUGACAAAUGGGGCGGGGCAAGGAAUGCUGAUGCCGCCUCCACCUGCGUCAUCCGCUACCAAUGGCACAGUGCAUCAUGUUCAUCCUAGUAAGCGGACAUCUGGAAAGGUGGCACCGGUCAGCGGGCGGCAGCGUGGAUCAGGUCGAAUGAAGACGACGGCUACUGUGUCUGCAACGCAGAGUCAACAUUCGACUCCACUUACUAAGUCAGGUGCUGUAGCGUCAACGGGUGGAGUCGGCGAAAAACGGCGAGAGCGGGAAGAAGAUGAAGAGAGUGAAGCGAGUCUGUGUUGGCGUGAUGAUGCUAUUACGUCAACAGGAGGUCUUUCGGUGGUGCGGUUGGCAUGGGAGGCAUUCGUUUGGUUAACAACUUUAUUGUGGCCAUCUUCUGGUGAAGACGUGCGGGACGACUCGAGCUAUGGCGGCGACGAUGACGACGACGAUAGUGUACCCGAAGAAAACCCCAAAAAGUUAUCACGCGCAAGCAAUGGUGAUGUGGGUAAGCAGUUGCGAGCAUCGGUGACGACGACGACAUGUACUGCUUCAACACGUAAAGGCGGUCGAGGUGCGCGAGAGGGUGCGAAAGCGAAAGAGAAAGUUAUCACUGCAAAUGCUGUGGAAAGAGAAAAGCCUAACGGGCAGGCGAUGUCAAAUGGCAAAACAGCAAAUGGGACUACCUAUGAGUCAACGAGAGACUCGAGCUUGCCAAAAGAAAGUGGAACCGAUUCAAAUAGUGUUUCUUUGGAAGCGGAUCGAUUGCGCGCUGAAGUUAUGCAAUUGAAAACGGCGGAAGCAGAUGCAAGAAUCCAACUCUCCGUAAGUCAGAACAACGAAAAGCAUGCGAGACAGGAGGCUAUGCAGCUGCGCUCAAGGCUGGAGCAAAUGGAAGCAAGAUACAUGACAAUGGAAAAACUGAGAGAUGUUGAUCGUAACUCUUUGUCACAGCUAGAGAAGAAAUAUGCUGAGCUUAUGAAUAGGAAGAAUGACGUGGAGCGUGAAUUAAUGGAUGAAAGGAAGGCUCGCAAGGAGGACGGUGGAAAGCGAAUGGACUCUGCCGAACAGCAUCGAGAGAAAGAAAGACAACUGGAACAGGAAGUCGACAGACUACGAGCUGAAGCAUCGGCUAGGGAGGAAAGAGUGGCGGAUAUAGAAAAAGAGCUGCACGCACUUCGCAAGUAUAAGGAGACUAACGACAUUGAGGCGUUAAACAUGGAUUUGCGUAUCAUGAGAGAAAAGAUGGUACACUUGGAAGAAUCGCUUGCUGCUGAGAACAAACUGAAGCAGGAGCUCUUUCGUGCUCUUGGCGAUGCGAAGGCUAACAAUGCUCAUCUGCAAAGCCAACUUCGAGCCUACGAAAUCACAUCUGGAAUGCCAUUAUCGGUGUCAGUCGCACGUCCACCAUCAACUUCGCUUGCUCAGCAGGAAAAAGUUUCACCACAGCAGCAACAGCCACCACAGCACAAUCCAUACCAGAUGCCUAUGACCCAGCCACAAAAGAUGGACUCGACCAUGGCGACAAAUAACGCAUCAUCACACAUGGGUGUCGCUUAUGGAAAUCUCUACACCGCACUACAGCAGCAUCACUCUUCACCGACCGGCGAGCACGUACUUUUCGAGCAGUCGUCUCGUGGAAACAUGACUUCGUCCGGACUGAGCUGCGCACUCUCGCCUCACGAUCCUCUGCUAGCUUCUCGCAUGGGCAAAUUUGGAGCACCAGCCAACCCCGCACGUUCCAACUAGUCGGGCUACUCUUCCGCGCCUGUCGUCAUCGUCCCGCCAACACCGAUAUCGUCGUUUGUAUCCACGUCAUGAACCUUGAACAUCGACCGACCCGUGUCUCCUGCUCUGUAGUUCUGCUUUAUUCUCUUUCAUCAUAGUUGACUUCCCGGUAGUACUGGUUCCGUUCUGUACGUAUUUUGUUUCCUAACCCCUCUAACCACUGCGCUUUGUAAUCACGAUUCUGACAGCAUAAAUCCCAGUCUCUCACCCGCCCCUCGCUACGCUCUCUCGUGCGCUGUUCCUUCUGUAUCCUGUACUGUUAUACUCUAAUUUGUUGAUAACUUCUAUCUCCUUCCUUGUUUGUAGCGUUUGCACGUUUAUCGGAUCUCAUCAUACGGUUCAUGUUCGUUUUUUAUA